AUGUCUAACAUUGGAUUACAAAUUCGGAAAUCUGCACCAGGUAUCGAUCCUAUUGUAGCAGACUAUUGCGUUGGUUAUUUCAACCAUUUAUCCCAGGCAACUAACGAUGCCGUACAAAGCAAGCAACUUGAUUUAAACAACGAAGUCGAUUUCAUUAAGAAUUUAUUAAUCAAUGCAGGUGGAAAAACUGAGGAAGUUGAACAUUUGAGCAAAGCAUUGUUUGAAAAACUACAUUUACAAUUAAAAGAAAACAAAGCCAGACUGGAUUUAACUGGUGACACUAGCAAGAGGUUAUUGGACGUUAAUGUCUUACAAAGUCACAAUAAUAAGAAAAACAUUAACACUUCAUUGGCUAUGUUGGGUGUUACUGGUGAUAUUGAGCAUGCAGGACGUAAUAUGCAAACCAGAGUUGAUUUGAAAAAGUUGGCCAAGGCGGAGCAAAAAAUUGCCAAAAAAGUUGCUAAAAGAAAUAACAAGUUUGUUAAAUAUGAAGCUUCUAAGCUAAUUAACGAACAGGAAGAAGAAGAUUACGAUAGUUUUUUCUUGAAAAUCAAUCCUUUGGAAUUUGGGUCUGGUGCUGGUAAGUCCAAAGAUAUUCAUGUUGACACAUUUGAUUUAUAUGUUGGUGACGGUCAAAGAAUUUUAAGCGAUUCUCAAUUGCAAUUAAGUUUUGGUCACAGAUAUGGUUUGGUGGGUCAAAAUGGUAUUGGUAAAUCUACCUUGCUAAGAGCUUUAUCGAGAAGAGAACUAAAUAUUCCAAAACAUAUUUCGAUUUUGCAUGUUGAACAAGAAUUGAAAGGUGAUGAUAUCACCGCGUUACAAAGUAUCUUGGAUGCAGAUGUUUGGAGGAAGCAAUUGGUCACUGAAGAAAGCAAAAUCAAUGAAAGAUUAAAGGAAAUUGAAAAAUUAAGAAAAGAAUUUGAGGAAGAAAGUUUGGAGGUUAAAAAGUUAGAUAAUGAACGUGACGAUUUGGAAAACCAUUUACAACAGAUCUCUGAAAAGUUAGUAGAGAUGGAGUCUGAUAAGGCUGAAGCAAAAGCUGCUUCGAUCUUGUAUGGGUUAGGUUUCUCUACCGAAUCGCAACAAAUGGCUACAAAGACAUUUUCUGGUGGUUGGAGAAUGAGACUAUCAUUGGCAAGAGCAUUAUUUUGUCAACCUGAUUUAUUGUUGUUGGAUGAACCCACUAAUAUGUUGGAUGUGCCAUCUAUCGCGUACUUGUCAGAAUAUUUAAAGACUUAUCCCUCUACCCUAUUGGUUGUCUCGCACGACAGAGCGUUUUUAAAUGAAAUAGCCACCGAUAUUAUAUAUCAACAUAAUGAAAGGUUAGAUUAUUAUAGAGGACAGAAUUUUGAUUCUUUCUAUUCAACAAAGGAAGAGCGUCGCAAAACUGCUCAAAGGGAAUAUGAAAACCAGAUGGCCUAUAGAAAACAUUUACAGGAGUUUAUCGAUAAAUACAGAUAUAAUGCAGCCAAGUCACAAGAAGCACAGUCAAGAAUCAAAAAAUUGGAAAAGUUACCAGUAUUGGAACCACCAGAAGAGGAAAGGAGUGUUACUUUUAAAUUUCCUGAUUGUGAUAAGUUGUCACCACCAAUUAUUCAAUUGCAAGAUGUUUCCUUUGGUUAUACCGAGGAUCAACUAUUGUUGAAAGAUGUUAAUUUGGAUGUUCAAAUGGAUUCAAGAAUUGCUUUAGUUGGUGCUAAUGGUUGUGGUAAAACCACUUUAUUGAAGGUUUUAAUGGAACAGUUAAGACCACUUUCAGGGUUUGUGUCACGUAAUCCAAGAUUACGGAUAGCGUAUUUCACACAACAUCAUGUUGAUUCUAUGGACUUGAACACCAAUGCCGUUGACUGGAUGUCCAAAAAAUUUCCUGGUAAAACUGAUGAAGAAUACAGACGCCAUUUGGGUGCAUUUGGUAUUACUGGUUCUUUAGGUUUACAAAGAAUGCAAUUAUUAUCUGGUGGUCAAAAGUCUAGGGUAGCCUUUGCAGCUUUAUGUUUGAAUAACCCACAUAUUUUGAUUUUGGAUGAACCUUCGAAUCAUUUGGAUACUUCUGGUAUUGAUGCAUUAACUGAUGCCUUUAAGAGCUUUACUGGUGGUAUAUUGAUGGUUUCUCAUGAUAUUUCCAUUAUUAAUAAUGUUUGUAAUGAGAUCUGGGUUUCUGAAAAUGGUACCGUUAAAAGAUUUGAUGGUGAUAUUUAUGAUUAUAGAAAGUAUAUUCUAAAUGAAGCUGAUUCCAAGGGGAUUGUUAAAAGACAUUGA